GGGGAGGCGGACGGGAGAAGCGGCGCCGCUGCUCCGGGCGCCCUCGGCUCGCAGCGCCGCGCAGUCCAGGGAACGGAGUCUGAAUGGGAGCCGGAUGUGCCGUGCCUGGCUUUAAACUCGUGGCGGAAAAGCGGGCGAGGAGCUGAGCCGAGUGAGCGGCUGCUGGAAGGGCCGUUUCUUCCUUGGCUUCCCGGCUUGCGGGGCGCAGCGUCCAGGGAUGGCCGUCUUUCAGCAGCAGAAGGUGGAGGAGCAGUACGAAAUCGGGGAGGAGCUCGGCAGCGGGCAGUUUGCCGUCGUGAAGCGGUGCCGGGAGAAGGCCACAGGGCUGGAUUAUGCGGCCAAGUUCAUCAAGAAGCGGCAGAGCUGGGCCAGUCGCCGCGGGGUCCGGCGUGAGGAGAUCGAGCGGGAGGUGAACAUCCUGCAGCAGAUGCUGCACAGCAACAUCAUCCAGCUGCACCAGGUUUACGAGAACAAAACCGACGUGGUCCUUAUCCUGGAGCUAGUAUCCGGAGGGGAACUUUUUGACUUCCUGGCCCAGAAGGAGUCUCUGAGUGAGGAGGAAGCCACACAGUUCAUUAAGCAGAUCCUGGAUGGGGUCAACUACCUGCACACCAAGAAGAUCGCCCAUUUUGACUUAAAGCCUGAGAAUAUUAUGCUGCUGGACAAGACCCUCCCCAUUCCUCACAUAAAACUGAUCGAUUUCGGUCUGGCCCACGAAAUAGAAGAUGGAGUGGAGUUUAAGAAUAUAUUUGGGACGCCAGAAUUCGUAGCUCCGGAAAUCGUAAAUUAUGAGCCGCUGGGAUUGGCCGCUGAUCUGUGGAGCAUCGGAGUGAUCACUUACAUAUUGCUCAGUGGUGCCUCUCCAUUCCUUGGAGAGACCAAGCAGGAGACGCUGGCUAACAUCACUGCCGUCAGCUAUGAAUUUGAUGAAGAAUUCUUCAGCCACACCAGCGACCUGGCCAAAGAUUUUAUCCGGAAACUUCUGGUGAAGGACACACGGAAGCGACUCACCAUCCAGGAAGCGCUCAGGCACCCCUGGAUCAGGUCCAAAGAAGGCUCCAAAGUCCAAGGCCACAGGAGGACCGAGCACAGGCCACUGAAGACCAAGUGGCUGAGAGAUUACACCAUCAAAAGCCACUCCAGCAUUCCUCCGAACAACACCUAUGCCACCUUUGAACGCUUUGCCCGCGUGGUGGAGGAGAUCUCUGGCAUGGAGAAGAGCUUCGGCACCCUGGCAGCCUCCCACGACUCCUUGCAGGGGGACAUGGACGCCCUGGUCUCCAUCUACAACGAGAAGGAGGCUUGGUACAAGGAGGAGCAUGAAAGCGUGAAGCACGAGCUCUCCCAGCUGAAGUACGAAUAUCGCAAGAUCGACUCCCAGAAGAAGCACCUGAAGGAGGACGUCCAGGCAGCAGGCGCCAACCUCGCGGGGGUCGCAGGGAGGUACGUGGGCCUGCAGGCGCACUACGAACUCCUGAGCAAGGAGCUGUCGGAGGAACUCCAGUGGAUCCAAGGCUUAACGGGCAGCUUCUGGCCUGAGGGCAGCGAGGAGGGCUACGUGCCGGCCAGCUUUGGCUGCGUCUUCCAGAAGGACCUCAACGAGCUGCUGAACCGGUCCUGCUACGAAGAGUUCCUGGCGGCCUUAAACCUGAGCGUGGCAAGAUCCAGCCAGUGAGGCUGCUGAAGAUGGAAGGGUUUAUGCUGCUGCUUCGCUCCCAAUGCCGGAGGAAUUGCCAGGACGGGGAGCCCGCGUGCCGAACUCACGUUUGGGUUUAUUUUGGAACAGUUUGACAGACCCUUGUUGCCACCGUAUUUUUACGUAUUUGUUUUGUCCCUGAGAAAAUACGUCCCGGUGGCGGUUCUGGAUGUUUGUGCCUGCCUUGGUUGGGUUCCAAUGAAUUUCUAAUAAGGCUUUGCAUUCACCCCCCUCCCCCCCCCUCCAAAGCUUGCCCUAUUUUUAUCCUUUGGAAGACGGCCUUAGCUUACCCUCACGACUGAGGGCCUCCUCAAGACACGACCGUAGAUCAGAUCCUUAAAAGCUUU